AUGGCGCAAAACGCAGAGCCGAUGGCUCGACUGGAGCCUCGGAUGGAUGACAUCGAGAACCUAAGCCAUGCUGUUGCAUCCCAACUCAAUGUCCAGGCAGCCACCGCAUCCUCCUUGCCUACCAGCUCCUCUAUACCCCUCCGCAAAGACCACCUUCGAACAAGAAAAGAUCAGGGUACGCAAUCAGGGAGUGUGCCACAAGAGAUUGAAACAGAUAUCCUCAUCGUUGGUGCUGGAUUUGGAGGCGUCUACCUGUUACACCGACUUCGUGACGAGCUUGGCUUCAAUGUCAAAUGUUUUGAAGCCGGAAAAGACCUCGGCGGCAUCUGGCAUUGGAAUUGCUAUCCGGGCGCCCGUGUCGAUUCUCCUAUUCCCGUAUACGAAUACUCGCUUGAGAAGGUAUGGAAGAAUUGGUCUUGGUCGUGCAAAUACCCCGGUUGGCAGGAGCUGAGACGUUACUUUGAUCAUGUCGAACAGCAGCUGCAAGUCAAAAAGGACGUUGUCUUCGAGAGCGCUGUGGUGUCAUCCGAGUGGGACGAGAAAAGACCGGGAUGGACUGUCAAGACGGAAGAUGGCAAGACUGCAAGAUGCAGGUAUCUGAUCUUGGCUACUGGGUUUGCUGCCAAACGGAAUUUUCCGGACUGGCCAGGCCUGGACACCUUUGAAGGCGCAAUACAUCACUCGUCUUUCUGGCCCGAGGAAGAUGUAGAUGUUGCCGGCAAGAAAGUUGCGGUUAUUGGUACUGGGUCCACCGGCAUCCAGAUAGCACAAGAAUGCGCGAAGAGAGCCAAAGAACUGACAGUCUUCCAACGCACUCCCAAUCUCUGUUUGCCGAUGCAACAAGCAAGCCUCACCUCGAAAGAACAAGAGGAUCGCAAAGACGACUACGAGCAAUUUUUCCGCGACCGCAAAUCGACCUUCGCCGGCUUCCCAUUCGAUAACAUACAGAAAAACACCCUGGACGAUAGCUCCGAGGAACGAGAAAAAUUCUUCGAACAGCUCUGGGAAGAAGGAGGUUUCAAGCUCUGGCUCGCUACCUAUAAAGACAUGCUCUACGAAAAAGAAGCAAACCGCCACCACUACGAUUUUUGGGCAAAGAAAACCCGCGCUCGCAUUACCGACCCUGCCACCGCCGAUAUCCUUGCACCUCUCGAACCCCCUCACGCCUUUGGGACAAAGCGCCCCUCGUUGGAGCAAGACUUCUACGAGCAAUUCAACAAACCAAAUGUCCACGUCAUCGACGUCAACAAGAACCCCGUUGUCGGAGUCCGUCCCCGUGGCCUUGUUACCGCGGAUGGUAAACUACACGAAGUCGACCUUAUUGCUCUCGCGACAGGUUUCGACUCCGUCACGGGCGGCAUGAUGAACAUGGGCCUUAAGGACAUCGACGGCAAGCCUUUGGCCGAAAAGUGGGCCAUGGGCACGUGGUCCUACCUCGGCACUACCUGCAACGGCUUUCCUAACAUGUUCUUUCUCUAUGGCGCCCAGGGUCCCACGGCCUUCAGCAAUGGGCCCACCUGCGUCGAGGUCCAGGGUGAUUGGAUCGUGGACUCCAUUCGGAAGAUGAGGGACGAAAGUAUUCAGAGCAUUGAGGCGACGAGGGAGGCGGAGGAGGAUUGGAGACGCAAAAUCACAGAGUUGAGUGACAAGACGCUGUUUCCAUCAGCUAAUAGUUGGUAUAUGGGGGCCAAUAUUCCGGGGAAGCCGAGGGAACAAUUGUGCUACGCGGGUGGACUUCCGCUUUACCAAAAAGAGCUAAAGGAGAGUUUGGAUGAAGGCUUUAAGGGCUUUGUUGUCGUAAAUGCUUGA